UUUUGCAUCUCUCAUAUCGUUCAUACAUAAAAAAAAUGCCGAUAGAUACUUCAGCCAAGAUCUUCGUCGCCGGCCACCGUGGACUCGUCGGAUCCGCCGUGGUCCGAAAACUCCACCAAUUAGGUUGCAAAAAUCUCCUACUCCGUACACAUUCCGAUCUAGAUCUCACUAACCAAUCCGCCGUCGAAUCCUUCUUCGCCGCCGAGAAACCCCAAUACGUCAUCCUCGCCGCCGCUAAAGUCGGUGGCAUACACGCAAACAACACAUAUCCAGCUGAUUUCAUCACUAUAAAUCUCCUAAUCCAAACAAACGUCAUCGUUUCAUCCUUCAAUCACAAAGUCCUUAAGCUUCUGUUCCUCGGUUCUUCAUGUAUUUACCCUAAAUUCGCACCUCAACCAAUUCCCGAAAAUGCCCUUUUAACUGCCCCGUUGGAAGCUACUAACGAAUGGUAUGCAAUUGCGAAAAUUGCUGGUAUCAAAAUGUGUCAAGCUUAUAGAUUACAGCAUAAUUUUGAUGCAAUUUCAGCAAUGCCCACAAAUUUAUACGGUACAAAUGACAAUUUUCAUCCUGAGAAUUCUCAUGUUUUGCCUGCUUUAUUACGUAGAUUUCAUGAAGCAAAAGUUAACAAUCUUGAUAAAGUGGUUGUGUGGGGAACUGGUUCUCCAUUAAGGGAAUUUUUACAUGUCGAUGAUUUAGCCAAUGCAGUUGUGUUUUUGUUAGAGAAUUAUAGUGAUUUAGAACAUGUUAAUGUGGGGAGUGGAAAGGAAGUGAGUAUAAAAGAGUUAGCUGAAUUGGUGAAAGAAGUUGUGGGGUUUAAAGGGGAGUUGAUUUGGGAUUCGACUAAGCCGGAUGGGACACCAAGGAAGCUUAUGGAUACUUCAAAGCUUGUUGGAUUAGGUUGGACACCAAAGAUUUCUCUCCGGGAUGGUCUUGUUGAUACCUACAAAUGGUACUUGGAGAAUUAUGGCAAGCAAUAGUUCAGGUCAAGUUUUGUUAGAACACAACGGAAUGGCUAUGCAGGACUCUCUAAGAAGCUUCAAAGGUCGAAGACAAUACUGUUUGUAGAUGGAAACAACAAGAACUAUCAACGCAGCUUUUUUGUUCAAGAAAUUUCAAUUGUAGGGGGGAGAUAUAUAAGUAUAAUCAGCGUACAUUGCAAAAAUAGACAAGUAUUAAUUAUCCUAGAAACAUCAUUUAAGGUAGGUUGGUGAGAUUUGGUUAAAAGAGUAGAGAGGCUCAUUUAUAUCGUGGAUCAUAUUGAGGCUACAUGUAUUAUUUUUUUGGGUUAUUACGGAGGGUUCCGUAAAGGUUUUGAAUUUUUUUUGAUCGAAAGACAUAUUAACAAAAUAUUCAUGGCUAACACACACGAAAGAAUAUAUGAGAAAAUCGCCUAAUUUUGAUUGA